ACGUCAUCGAGUAGCGCCGAAUGUGUGUUUGGGGCUAGCAGACGCUAACAGCUAAACAGUCGUUGUUUCGAGGAAUUUCUAAAGAUUGUUGUAAUAAAUAUUAAGUAUAUUUGAUCAAAGCUACAGGAAUGUCUCUGGAGACCGUCCCGAAAGACCUGCGCCACCUGAGAGCGUGUUUGUUGUGCUCUCUCGUUAAGACGAUUGAUCAGUUUGAGUAUGAUGGAUGUGACAACUGUGAAUCAUACCUGCAGAUGAAAGGCAACCGAGAGAUGGUUUAUGAAUGUACAAGCUCUUCUUUUGAUGGUGUUAUUGCUAUGAUGAGUCCAGAAGACAGCUGGGUGGCAAAAUGGCAGAGGAUCGGGAACUUUAAGCCGGGUGUGUAUGCAGUAACAGUGACGGGUCGCUUACCUCCAGGUGUGGUGCGAGAGCUGAAGAGCAGAGGCGUCAUUUACAGAUCCAGAGACACUGCCGUCAAAACAUAAACAAAACUCUACCUAUAUUACAUCUAAUCAGCUGUUAUAGUGAACUUGUCUACAUUUAUUGUCUUAUAACUUUCCUACAUUGCAUCUGGGUUGGGGUGAUAAUGGGUACAUGAUGAUGGAUAAAUGAUUCGAUUCCAUGUAAAGGAUUUGAACAUGAAUAAAAGUUUGUUUUUUUUAAAUAUUAAA